UACUAACAAUUCAAUUUGAACGCUUCUCCUCGUCAUUUCUUUCUACUUUUUUGUUAAGUCCUACACUUUGAAUGCCGUGUGAAGAGCUUGAAAUUAAUUCAACGCCAUUUGCUAUAUAAACCUCAAAAACACCCAUUAUCUUUCAUAAAGACAAAAACAAAAAAACAUUAACUCUUGUACAUUUCUUGAUUCUGACAUCAUUCUUCGGCAAUGUUCAGUUGGAGGAGAAGGAAAAAUACAGACCGUCAUGGAGACAAAGGGCAGAAGCAGAAGGAGCUUGAGAUCCCAAGUCAUUUUCUAUGCCCAAUAACUCUUGAUCUUAUGAAUGAUCCCGUCACAUUAUCUUCUGGGAUAACUUACGAUCGAGAAAGCAUCAACACAUGGCUUGAGGAUGGCAAUUUCACCUGCCCUGUUACGAAUCAGGUUCUCAGAAAUUUUGAUCAGAUACCCAAUCACUCUCUCAGGAUAAUGAUUCAAGAUUGGUGUGUAGAGAAUCGGAACUAUGGCGUUGAAAGGAUACCAACGCCAAGAAUUCCUGUCACCUCACAGGAGGUCUCUGAAAUUCUCUUUGGGAUUAUGGAUUCAAACAGACGCUUGGAUCAAUGUGGCUGCCUAGAUUCUGUGCGGAAAAUCAAGAAAUGGGGCAUGGAAAGUGAGCGAAACAGACGUUGCAUUAUAGCAAACGAGACGGCUGGAGUCCUUGCUGCUGCAUUUGACGCAUUUGCAACCGACUCUUUUGAGAGGAAUGCCAACUUGUUGGAGGAGAUACUGUGUGUAUUGAACUGGAUGUUUCCACUUGCCAAGGAAGCUCAGCUUUACUUGGGGUCACAAUCUUCUUUGCAUUGCAUGGUUUGGUUUCUGAAAUGCGGGGACAUUUCAGUGAAGCAAAACUCCAUGAAUGCCCUGCAAGAGCUUCUUUCUUGCAACCAGCAAUAUGGAGAAGAGUUGGCGGCUAUUAAUGGGGUCAAUGAAAUGCUAUUUAAGUUCAUCAAAGACCCAAUUUGUCCUUCAAUCACAAAAGCUUCUCUCAUGGUAAUUUUCUACAUGGUUUCAUCUUCUUCUUCAAAUGAGAAGAUCAAGUCAGAAUUCCUUGAGAUGGAUCUAGUUUCUUUACUGUUGGAGACUAUUGUCGAAUCUGAAAGAAGCCUCUGUGAGAGGGCAUUAGGUGUUGUUGAUAAACUCUGUGAUUCCAAACAAGGGAGGGAAGCUGCUUACAAUGAUGCUCUGGCGAUGCCAGUUCUGGUGAAAAAAAUUUUGCGUGUUUCAGAAUUAGCAACCGAGUAUUCUGUUUCAACAAUUUGGAAGCUGAGCAAAUAUGGAAAGGACCACGAAGAAAGAGUUUUGAUUGAAGCUCUUCAAGUUGGUGCCUUUCAAAAGCUAUUGUUACUCAUACAGGUUGGGUGUGGCGAUGAGACGAAAGAGAAAGCAACUGAGCUUUUGAAACUAAUGAAUCCUUACAGAGCUGGAUUGGAGUGUAUUGACUCUGUAGACUUCAAGAGCCUCAAGAGAUCGUUUUGAAAUGUUUGAUCCAAAUUCUUUAUUCUUUAAAACUCCAAGCUAAGAUCAGUGUUUGGAGUUUCAAUUUAUUGUACAAACUAAAAAUAUAGCAUAAUUUGUUCUUUGAAUGGGAAAUUCUGGAGAUGCAAACUACACUGAAAUGGAAUUGUUUGGAAAUCUGAGUAUUAAAGUUUUGAGGAGAGGGAUUCAAAAUGACUAGUAUAUUAUUCUAUUCUAGCUAUCACGGGUUCGUAGCAAAAUUUUUCAUUUCCCACUGGCAAAAGAAUGAAGAAAUCAAGCUAGGGUUAGAAAUGUGAAAGGAGAAGCUCAAAGAUUCCGUGUGGCUGGGGGGGGUAAAGCUUAGUCCAAAGCCGUGGCGUGUAGCACUAGUUUUUGGACCGUCAAAUUGACGCAUUCAAGCCUGUUGGUAAGUUGAUUGCAAGGGUUUGAACCAAGCAACGCCUGGUUUGAUGCGUUCAAAGCAGACCAAAUCAACUAUUACCACCAUUAUCAUUAGUUUGAUACGUUUAUUAAAUUUUUUAAUUUUAAUAACCAAAAUUUAGUAUAUGGUAACUUCAAAUAUAAACA